AUGGAUAGUGACAACGACAAUCCGUAUCUAAACUUCAAGCCGCCGCCAGAAGCUCCAGUCUUCACACCAACAGAAGAGGAGUUCGCUGAUCCGUUAGGUUACAUAGCUAAAAUCAGACCAGUAGGUUUGGAGACUGGAAUUGUGAAAAUAAAACCACCACCGGACUGGCAACCACCAUUUGCAGUGAAUGUUGAAACCUUCAAAUUUACCCCCAGAAUUCAGAAACUCAAUGAAUUAGAGGCCCAUUCUAGGAUCAAACUGAAUUUCUUUGACUGCCUGUACAAGUUUUGGGACUUGCAAGGAUGCACUCUAAAAAUCCCGACAGUAGAACGGAAAAUAUUGGAUUUGUACAAACUUUUCAAGACUGUAGAAGAGGAAGGUGGUAUGGAGUCAUUGAACAGGGACAGGCGCUGGUCUCAGGUGGGUAGCAAGAUGGGCUACCCAUCUGGCCGUGGAGUUGGGGGAACUCUCAAGCAUCACUAUGAACGCAUCCUGUUCCCCUUCUAUCUGUUUAAGAAAGGUGAAACUGUCAAGUUCAUUCCUGAGCAAAAACCUGUUGUCUUUGAGGAAACUGACAAGACUGAUAAGGAUUACAAACCAAAGUGGCGAAGUAAUAGUGCAGAAAAAAAUCGUAAACCAAAAAGAGCUGUCAAAGAGGAAUCCGACAUAGACUACAGUAAAAACAAUGAACUUAGGAAGUUACAGUUUUUUGGUGCAGGUCCUAAAGCUGCUGUCCCAGGCUCUAAAGAUGAUCCUGAAAUGAAAGAGGUGAAAAUUGACAACAGGAAAAGUCGAAUGAAAAUGGCAAUACCUGGAGCUUACUCUGGGGCUGAUAAGUAUUACUGUCACAUGUGUGGUCGGGGUGACGGAGAAGACCAAAUGCUUUUAUGCGAUGGUUGUGAUGAUGCAUUUCACACUUACUGCCUGGUCCCCCCACUUUCUGAGGUGCCCAAAGGUGAUUGGCGGUGUCCAUCGUGUGUCAAACAGGCAAUCAGCAAACCUUUAGAACCUUAUGGUUUUGAUCAGAGCAAGAGGGACUAUACUCUCCAGUCGUUUGGGGAAAUGGCUGAUCAUUUCAAGGCUUCCUACUUCAAAAUGCCUGUUCAUAGAGUAACAACUGGCCAGGUGGAGCGUGAGUUCUGGCGUCUGGUGAGCAGCUUGGAGGAGAAUGUGAUGGUGCAGUAUGGUGCAGACAUUCAUGCCAUGGAAAUGGGAAGUGGGUUUCCCACCAAAAAUACUGAAGAUCUGCUCCCAGAGGAUGAGGAGUAUGUGACUUCUGGUUGGAACCUGAACAACUUGCCAGUGUUGGAGCAGUCAGUCCUGUGCCACAUUAACGCUGACAUCUCUGGUAUGAAGGUGCCAUGGUGCUAUGUGGGCAUGUGCUUCUCCAGUUUCUGCUGGCACAUUGAGGAUCACUGGAGCUAUUCCAUAAACUAUCUUCAUUGGGGCGAGCCCAAGUCCUGGUAUGGUGUUCCUGGCGGGGCAGCAGCCAAGUUUGAAGAUGUGAUGCGAGAGGCAGCACCAGAACUGUUUGAACAGGCUCCAGAUCUGCUGCACCAGCUGACCACCAUCAUGAAUCCAAAUAUACUUAUGAAGAGAGGAGUGCCUAUUUUUCGCACAGACCAAUGUGCGGGAGAGUUUGUAGUAACAUUCCCGAGGGCAUAUCAUGCUGGUUUCAACCAAGGAUAUAACUUUGCAGAGGCUGUUAACUUUUGUCCAGCCGAUUGGCUGCCUAUUGGCCGAGCUUGCAUUGAUCAUUACCGCUCACUUCACCGCCAGUGUGUGUUUUCUCAUGAGGAACUCAUCUGCAAGAUGGCAGCAGACCCAGACAGCCUUGACCUCAACCUGGCUGCUGCAACACAUCAGGACAUGUUGAAUAUGGUGGAGGAGGAGAGGGACCUGAGGAAGGAGCUGCUAAAGAGGGGUACAAUCAAUGCUGAACGGGAAGCUUUUGAACUGUUGCCUGAUGACGAGCGACAGUGUGACAUCUGUAAAACCACCUGCUUUCUGUCUUCAGUCACUUGCCCAUGUCGACCAAGUCGGCUAGUUUGCCUGUAUCAUGUGGAUGACCUGUGUGAUUGCCAUCCAUCCCAGCAUGUCUUACGUUACCGCUACACCCUGGAUGAAUUACCCAGCAUGCUACACCGACUGAAGAUUCGCGCCGAGUCAUAUGACAAUUGGAAUAUGGCGGUGAGAAAUGCUCUCCAGGCAACAGGAGAUGAAAAGCUUGACUUGUGUGCACUCAAGGACCUAAUCACAGAGGCUUCAGAGAAGAAGUUUCCAGAAUCUGACUUGUUGCAGACAUUGAUCAAUGCAGUCACCGAAGCUGAGAAAUGCUCUAGUGUGGCUAACCAACUUGUCACCAAGAAGGUUCGAACCAG